GAUUAUAAGAGCAAAAUCAACAACGACGCAAAUCUUUUCGCCAAGUACGCCAAAAAGUACUCGGCCUGCCCGUCCAAGAAUCAAGGGGGAAAUUUGGGGAAAUUCAAGCAAGGCGCCAUGGCACCGCCGUUCGACAAGGCAUGCUUUAGUCCCAUCAGCAAAGUUGGAGAAACUCUCGGCCCAAUUCAGACGCAGUUUGGCUGGCACUUAAUUUACAUCCAGAGCCGU